AUGGCGAAGCAAGAGCAAAUAGCGCGUACGAGGGAGAGAGUCGAGACAAAUCUUGAAUGUCUUUUUUUUGUUGGCAUGGCCCGCGCCGUUGUAAAGAGUACAGACCACGCGUGGCCCCCGUCUGCGGGGGGCAUGUACAGCCAACAGAUCGCAAUACUAAUCGUACCAUCGACACGUCUGCUUGCGUCUUUUACAGGUUUCUUUGCCGGCCUCGGUUGGACCGGUGACGGCUCGCGGCGCGUCUCGAGGAGCGCGAACUCCGCGACGACGACGUCGUCGUCGACGGCUGCGAGUGACGUGCCGGCACCGUUGACGCCACAGCGUCGUCCCCGGCUGCACUGUCCGUCGCGACAUGCAACCAGUCGCAACAACAAUCAUCCCAGCAGCGGCAGCGGCCUGCAUCACGAUCGCCGACACAACUGCUCGAGGUGUGGUAAGAGCUACAAAAACGCGUACAUCCUGAAGCGGCACUUGCUGUACGAGUGCGGCAAGGCGCCGUCUUUCAGCUGCCCGCAUUGCGCUUUUAGCUCCAAGUAUGAGCGCAAUCUUAAAGCGCAUAUCAAUCAUCGGCACGUCGAUUUACAACCAUCGCUGCCCGGUAUUGUCGUCGGCCAGCAUGAAACACGUCAUCAACACGGCAGAGAGUGACUCGUCAGAGUCUGCAAAGUCGCGAUGAUGAAACGAGAAUGUUUUUCAAUUUGAAAUCAAUUACGAUUGCAAUUCGCGUUUGGUGGGGCUGAGAAUAUAUGCCAAAUCCAAGUGUCAAAUUUAAAUCGAACUUUUACU